AUGUGGAUGAAAUUUCUUCAUGAGUCAGAUAUAUCAACGGACGAAAAUACUCUUGUGCAAUAUUGUACAACACUAUCAAGUCGAUUUACGACAAUCGAUGAAAUUUUAACUGUCAGUGAAAAUGAUCUAAUCAAUCUUGGUAUAACAAAUCAAUACGAUCGAAUUUGUUUAAUCAAACAAGCACAUCUAUUUGACGAUAAAGAAAAUCUACCAUUAACCAGACACUCAGCAGCUUCCAAUUAUAUUCAUGAACAUUGGCUUGCAAAUAAUCAAUCAACACCCGUCAAUCCACAAUCGAAAUGUAGUUUAUCUCCAGCAUUACUUUCUCGAAUCUCAUUCAAUGAUCAUGCUUCAUGUGAUGAUGUAACGCUGAUCCAUUCAAGUCACUCCUGUGAACAUUUGCAAACGCCAAAACGAGUUGAUCACAAUGACAAAAUUCAAACAUUACUUGAAUCAUGUCAAAAACGUACACCACCGACAUCCACACGUGGUCUACGAGCGAUGAAAUCUCUUUCGAAUACAAUAGCAUUACAAAAGAAAAUUCUCGCUGGUAAUGAUCGACUGAAACGAUUGACCUUAUCACGGUCAAUGAUUAAACGACAGACAGCAUUGAUCACGAAAAAAGUAUCGAACUUAACCAGUAAAUUUAGUAAUCCAUUUGCGAAGAAAACCAAUAAAAAUGAUUUGAAAACAUCAGACAAGCCAAUUCAAAUUGCACAACAAUCCAAAGCUGGUAGUAGCGAGAAUUUAUUAUCUCAUAUCGAUGCAAUCGAAUCGAAAUAUGCACUUUCAUCUGCUCAAACGAUACCAACGAGAAAAUUUAAACUCGGCGCACCGACGACCUUUCUCACCCGGUCACUUGCGAAUCAUGCUCAGAAAGAAUGA